CAAAUAGCUCCGGGAAAUCUGGCACGGCAAGUAUAGCGUAAUGAUUGGCAUCCUGUCCGCUCAUUGGUGGAUCAAUGAAACUCCCGCUGAUUGAUACUUGUGUGGGCGACAGCGAGUCGUUGAAAAAAGUUGAAACAUUGUCAACUUUCUGGGAUCGCGUCGCAAGACACGCACGAACACAAACUUUCCCACGCAGAAUUUCGCUUAUUGCUUGGCUGGACGGUGACACGCGAUAAUCGCCAAUCGCGCAGGUUCCAUUGAAAAUGAAUGGAGUCGAGGCGAUGUCGCCUCCCGUGUGUGGCGCCCGUAACUGUGCAUGUAUAUGUUGACCUGCAAUUCAAUAGUGCUCUUUUGAUAUGUUGGCUGUUUUGACGUAAGCUGUUUUUUUAUAUUUGCGAGUGGAUAUGAAAGGAAAAGCAAGGGUUGUCUUCCUCUUUUGAUUUACAAGAGAAAACUCUUGAGGAGGCGAGGCACGAUUAUUGAAACGGUGAAGUGUGACAAAAGGUGGGCUAUCAUGAACAUAAAAUGAAGAAAAGGGAAAUGAAGACUACAGCAAUAAGGAAAUGAACUGAUGUCACGUUGCUGGAUUGUCUGACCAGAAAAGGCUCCAAACUGUGGACUUUGGUUCUGGUAAUGUAAGGAUCUCCAUUGUGAGCGACAGACAGGGGAAGAACAUCAUCAUCCCUCCAAGGUGGUUCCAAAGAAGUUCCAUCCCAAGUUGGUAGCGGCCCAACACCAAAUAUUCACCUCGAUGAACAUCCAAAAUUAACGUCUAGAGGAGUCCAACUGUUCCAGACACUGCCAGGAGACUGCGAGCACAAGAACAAGAAGCCAUGUCUUGUGGACACCGCCAGUUAUUGCCACUCGCGGUGGCUCUCAUAGCAGCCCAAAUGGUCGCAACGUACACCUACAAAAACUGCAUCGAAGUGACGGACUCAGAGAAACAGAGUUUCAAAUGCAUGAACAGAAAGGCCACAAGCAUAUCUGCCAUUUUGGACGACCUCCCAAAGUUCAUCCUCAAUCUUAGCAUCGUGGAUAAUCCUAUCCAGCACAUUCCAGACAAGACCUUUGCUAAUUUCACCAACCUUCAGUGGCUCCAACUGCACAAUAACCAUUUGAAUGCUAUCGACGAAUUUGCUUUCCACAAUCUAAGUCAUCUUAGGUGUCUCAAUUUGUCCUUUAACAACAUAUCCCAACUGAGCUCCUCCCCGUUUAAGAGCCUGCACAAUCUCACGUUUCUCUCGCUGAGAGGCAAUAAAUUAAAGCAGUUGCCUGAAGGGAUUUUCUCGGCUCUCCUCAAGCUUGACACUUUACAACUGCGGCAAAACCUCCUAACCAACUUCACUGGGAUUGUUGAGUCUGUGUCGAACUUAAAGAAACUCCAGGAAUUGGACCUUUGUUUUAACAGCUUGACCUCUCUAUGCCACUCCAAUGUUUCGCUCCCUAAAUCCCUCGCUAAAUUAUACAUAUGUAGAAACAAUCUGUCCAUGUUAGGAUGUGACCAUUCCUUCCUUGGGCAGGUACAGAUUUUGGAUCUGUCCUACAAUUCCCAACUCCUCGCAAUGGCCUUUCAGGAUGUGGACCUGGCAAAAACCAAGUACCUGAAGUUGCAGUCAACAAGUGUGAAGGUCGCAACACUCUUGAACAUCAGCAACAUUGAUGUUUGUCACGUGGACUUUACUGGCACAGGUCUGAAUAAUACAGGUCUACUCACUGAGCUGUGCAGGCUGCUGAGCAGAAAGGUGGAAAGUAUUAAAAAGUUGCGUCUGGGCGAUAACGGCAUUAGUAAUAGUAACCUAAGAAAAGACACACUGUCCCUCUGUCCAAAGAUCACUGACUUUCUGGAUCUAUCACACAAUAAUCUAAACAGCUCACAGAACAAAAAGAACUUAAAUUGUUUUGUUUUUCUGCACAAUAGUAGGAAUCAUCUAAAAAGAAUUAAUUAUGAGCAUAACCACCUGACAACCCUUGUCUCUUGCAAGACAAAGAAGGCGGCGCCUUUCUAUAAGAUGGAAGAGCUAAGCUUCCGCUAUAACCGCAUCCUGAUGGUCCAAGCUGAUGCUUUCUUUCACACACCAAAUCUCAAAACCCUAAAAUUAAACAUCAACACAGUUGCUUUUCUCCAUCAUAAAGCACUGAAGGGACUUAGAAGGCUUGAGACACUCCGUCUGGACAACAACCUCCUAACAGACCUGUACAAUGACACCUUCGAAGGCCUGUUUGCUCUGCAAACCCUCAACCUACGCAACAAUCGUAUAGCAGUCAUUUUCAACGGAACCUUCCUUGGUCUUGGCAAUCUGACAACUUUGGACCUCGGAGGAAACAAAAUCACUCAUUUUGAUGUAUCCGGACUUGAAGGACUCAAAAGCCUCUUGAAAUUGUAUCUAGAUGGAAACAAUCUGAAACACAUUGAGACUUCUCUCCAUUGUGUAUUUCAGGAUACACUCACAGUGUUGGACUUAGAAAGAAAUCAGAUUCGCUUCCUCAAACAAAACGUCAGUUCACCGUUUAUGAACCUCAGCCAACUUAAAGACUUAAAAUUGGGUGGCCAGCGUCCCUAUGGCCUCACGCAUUUGCCGCACGCUUUCUUCCGUGGCCUCCACAAACUAUCUUCACUUUAUCUCAGCAAUAAUCAAAUUUCUUACAUUUCUCCUGAUGCCUUUGACGACCUGACAGGUUUGAAGUUCCUCACACUGGACAGGUGUUGUGAUGUGAAUAUGCCGCUGUUACCAGGAGUCUUCAAAAAUCUUCGGAAUUUGUCCAAACUUAUUUUAGAGAAUGCUGGCAUUCAGACCUUCUCAAAAAAAGUUUUUGGCAAUCUCACCAAGUUAAACACGCUGCAGCUCAACCACAACGGCAUGCAAAGCAUUGACGUCCGGGUGUUGAAGAGUCUUUACAAUCUGCGCUACUUGGACAUGCGCAACCUUCCUCUCAGUUGCACCUGCAGCAACAGACUGUUGCAAAACUGGACGCUGAACAACCCAGAUGUCCAGGUAGUAUACGUUUAUAAUCUGCCGUGCCAACAAGGUGAGAAUCACAGCUUCUACAACUUUGAGACCGACGUCUGCUUCAUCGACCUCGGGGAGUAUCUUUUCUUUAGCACAGCAGUCGUUACUGCUCUGUUCACGGCCUUUCCGCUACUUUACAUCAAUCUCUACUGGAAAAUGAAGUACGGCUACUACGUGUUCCGCUCCUGGUUUGGUGACCAGUGGCGUAGACUCAAAGAGGAGGAAGAGAAUUGCAAGUAUGACGCAUUUAUUUCCUAUAACUCCAAUGACGAACAGUGGGUCAUGGAGCAGUUGCUGCCCAACCUGGAGGGAAAUGGCUCAUCCUUUAAACUUUGCCUACAUCACAGAGACUUUGAGCCUGGACGGUACAUCGUGGACAAUAUCGUCACAGCUGUGUACGGUAGUCGCAAAACCAUCUGUGUAGUGAGCAGGAAUUUCCUCCAAAGUGAGUGGUGUUCCCUGGAAAUCCAACUGGCCAGCUACCGGCUCUUUGACGAGCACCGAGACGUCCUGCUGCUCGUCUUCUUGGAGCCCAUCACCGAGCGCCAAAUGUCCUCCUACCACCGCAUGAGGAAGGUCAUGCUGAAGAAGACAUACCUACAGUGGCCUGGCUCAGAAGGCUUUAACCCAGUGCAGGCCCAAGACCUGUUCUGGAAACAGCUUCGUAGGGCGAUGAGGACCGGCAGCAAAGUGGAAACAGAAGACGAUGACAUCGGGGAGGGUUGUUUGGCUCUGGAGAACUGCGAUUUGGGAGAUUCUGAUACUCAGACUCUAAUUGCUGAUGAAAACUUUUAUAUAUCUUAAAAUCUGAUUAGUAUCCCUUUCUACAAUAUAUGAAUGCAAUGCUUUUCUUGUUGAAUGUACAGGGGAACCUUCAAAGUCAAAACCAAAAUGUUUAGGUGGCAUCCCGUGAGCUAGAGCUGCAACAAUGAAUACAUUUUCCAUAAUCGACCACUAUUUUGGUAUUCUAUCACUUUUCAUUUUUUUAUUUAAGCAAAAAAAUACAUGAAAAAUGGUGGUAUCCACAACUCGCAUUUUGUAUUUCAGAAUGCAUUUCUUUCUAGUGUUCUCACAAUCAAAAUUUCAGCCUCUCAAACGUGAAUAUUUUUUAAUUUCAUGAAAGCACACCUAUUAUCUUUGUGUUUUAGGCAAAACAAGAUUCACACACAUUGGCUUUGACUUUGGAAAACAGUGAUCAACAUUGUUUCAUCAAACAACUGUUUUUGUUUGGUUCAUAUUGAUUUGGUCCAUCUGGGGCCUAACCGAUUACUCGAUUAAUUGAAACAAGCUUCGGAUUAAUCGACUAAGUAAAUAAUCGUUAACUGAAGCCCUAUGAGAGACCAAAGAAGUCUUGUGGGAUUUUUUUUAAAUUUUUUAUACAAGACAUUAAUUCCAGCAGCCCCUAUAAAACACUACUGUGUUAUAGUAUUGCUCUGCAAAAACCUUCCUGUUCCCUCUACAUUAUAUGUCUUCGCGAUUAAUAAAGUAUCUAUCUAUACAUGACACGUUCUCCAAACCUGCAGAGAUCUUUACAAGGUUCUAUUCUGU